ACACUAGGGCAGCUGUUUGCGAAAAAAGGCGGAAAAGUCGUGUAAAAUAACACAAACAGUCUAUUUUGCAUAAAAAAAAAAUAGUUAUAGCGCUUAAAGAGCGCGAUGAAUACCACCAAAGUGCCACCGGAGUGGAAGCGGCGUGUCAAGUCGGAGUACAUCAAGAUCAGGCAACAGAAGCGCUACAAGCGGGCGGACGAGAUCAAGGAGGCGUGGAUAAAGAACUGGGAUGAGCACAAUCACAAUGUGCAAGACCUGUAUUGCGAAUCGAAGGUUUGGCAGGCGAAGCCCUACGAUCCGCCACAUGUCGAUUGCGUUAAGCGGGCCGAGGUGACCAGCUACAAUGGCAUACCUAGUGGUCCACAGCGCAUUCCCAUCUGCGUGAUCAAUGCCGUAACUCCCAUUCCGACCAUGUACACAUGGGCGCCCACCCAGCAGAACUUCAUGGUCGAGGACGAGACGGUGCUGCACAAUAUUCCCUACAUGGGCGACGAGGUUCUCGAUAAGGAUGGCAAAUUCAUCGAGGAACUCAUCAAGAACUACGACGGCAAAGUGCACGGCGACAAGGAUCCCUCGUUUAUGGACGAUGCUAUUUUCGUGGAGCUGGUACAGGCCCUGAUGCGUUCCUACAGUAAGGAGCUGGAGGAAGCCACCAGUCCGGGGAGCUCUGUCAAGUCGGAGGCCCUGGUCAAACAAAAGAAGACCGACGACGAAGACGCGGACAUUGAGAACGAAAAAAAAGAAGAUGAGAAAAAAGAUGAAUCCAAAGUGGUGGAGAAAAAGGAGGAGCCAGAGAAUGAGUCCGAAAAAAAGGAAGCGGAGACAGGCGAGGCAGGAGCAGAUGUUAAGCCACCAGUGGAUGAUGUUAAGGACAAGCUGCCCUUCCCGGCUCCAAUUAUAUUCCAGGCCAUCAGCGCCAACUUUCCCGAUAAGGGCACAGCACAGGAGCUGAAGGAAAAGUAUAUUGAGCUCACGGAACACCAGGAUCCGGAGCGUCCUCAGGAGUGCACACCCAAUAUAGAUGGCACCAAGGCGGAGAGUGUCUCCCGGGAGAGGACAAUGCACUCCUUCCACACCCUGUUCUGCCGUCGAUGCUUCAAAUACGAUUGCUUCCUGCACCGUCACCAUGUGCAGGGUUUGCAGGGCCAUGCGGGUCCCAAUCUGCAGAAGCGUCGCUAUCCGGAGCUCAAGACCUUUGCCGAUCCCUGCGGCAACUCAUGUUACAUGCUGAUUGAUGGCAUGAAGGAAAAGCUGGCUGCCGUCAGCAAGACUCCGCCCAUUGAUUCCUGUAAUGAAGCCAGCUCUGAGGACAGUAAUGAUAGCAACAGUCAGUUCAGCAACAAGGAUUUUAACCACGAGAACAGCAAGGAUAAUGGCCUGACGGUCAACAGUGCAGCUGUGGCCGAGAUAAACUCCAUAAUGGCUGGCAUGAUGAACAUCACCAGCACGCAGUGCGUGUGGACUGGUGCCGAUCAGGCGCUGUUUCGGGUCUUGCACAAGGUUUACUUGAAGAACUAUUGCGCCAUAGCGCACAACAUGCUCACCAAGACCUGUCGCCAGGUGUACGAGUUCGCCCAGAAGGAGGAUGCAGAGUUCAGCUUCGAAGAUCUCCGCCAGGACUUUACACCCCCUCGCAAGAAGAAGAAGAAGCAACGAUUGUGGUCGCUGCAUUGCCGCAAAAUCCAGCUGAAGAAGGACUCGUCCUCGAAUCACGUGUACAAUUACACGCCCUGCGACCAUGCUGGUCCCUGUGACAUGAACUGCUCAUGCAUCCAGACGCAGAAUUUCUGUGAGAAGUUUUGCAAUUGCAGCAGCGACUGUCAGAAUCGCUUCCCGGGUUGUCGCUGCAAGGCGCAGUGUAACACAAAGCAGUGUCCCUGCUACCUGGCGGUGCGGGAGUGCGAUCCGGAUCUAUGCCAGGCCUGCGGGGCGGAUCAGUUCAAGCUGACCAAGAUCACGUGCAAGAAUGUGUGCGUGCAGCGGGGACUGCACAAGCACCUCUUGAUGGCCCCCUCGGACAUUGCCGGCUGGGGCAUUUUCCUUAAGGAGGGCGCCCAAAAGAACGAGUUUAUUUCUGAGUAUUGUGGCGAGAUUAUCUCUCAGGAUGAGGCCGAUCGGCGUGGUAAGGUGUAUGAUAAGUAUAUGUGCUCGUUUCUAUUCAAUUUGAACAACGAUUUCGUGGUGGAUGCCACGCGAAAGGGCAACAAGAUCCGGUUUGCCAAUCAUUCCAUUAAUCCCAACUGUUACGCCAAGGUGAUGAUGGUCACCGGCGACCAUCGCAUCGGUAUCUUUGCCAAGCGGGCCAUUCAGCCCGGCGAAGAGCUCUUCUUCGAUUAUAGAUACGGGCCCACGGAGCAACUCAAGUUUGUGGGCAUUGAACGGGAGAUGGAAAUUGUUUGAAUCUGAAUCUGAUAUAACUUUUUUAAGAGA